UGAACAGAAGCCAGUAAUAAGUCUUGACUCUGACCUCGAUCAACGCCACAGUCAUGACGGUAGAGUAUUUCCGGAAAAACAAAAAAUGGUGAUCGUGUUUCGUCAGUUUCCCGUUCGUAUUCUCAUCAUGGCAACAUUUGUUCGUCGUUUUCCCGUUCGUGUGCUCGCUCAAGCUGCGGUAUCUGGGCGGUGUAAUUAUUGCACUGAUCAGGGCGCACCUGCAUUCAGUUGUCACCCUUCAUGCAUCCAAUCCAGACCGUUGCCUCAGAUGAGGAACACCAUUCACCAACUGCAUACCACUCUCUAUCAGCCUUUGAAAUAUGAGCUUCGGUCCUAUCGGUACUACAGCAGUGAUUCUUCAGGUCUUGCUGAAGAUGACGUCAAUGUUCAUUACGACAGUCUUGUGAAGCGAAUCCGCAACGGUAAUAUACAACUGAUCGAUGUCAGAGAACCAUCAGAACUUGCGGAGUUUGGGCAAAUCACCAACUCCAUUCAUAUCCCAUUGGGGGACUUGGCAGAUGCACUGAACCUUCCACAAGACAAGUUUGAGUCCAAAUAUGGUCAUCCUAAACCAGAGUCAGUGGAUGAUGACAUCGUAUUUCACUGCCGAAGUGGAAAGCGUAGCAUGACUGCAAUCAACAUUGCCAAAGAGAUCGGAUAUUCCAAGGCGCGUCAUUUCCCAGGAGGCUGGUUGGAAUGGGCCGAGAAGAAUAAUCUACCCUAUGCAUGAGGUUUAAACCCGAGAUGGAACGCAUACAUCAGCAGUCCAUAGAUGAGGCUUGGAUCGAAUAAUGAAAUUAUUUCAAUACAUUAAUUAUUACGGUUCACAGGGAAAUUUGAAUUUUUUUUUUUCAAUUUAGUUAUGCCUUAGUUUUGGAAACUAGUCGUUUUCAGUUGCUUUUUACGCUGAAAAAUUCUUUUUGCUGUGCGUCUCUCUCACCUCACUAAUGGAUCUGCUUCAAAAUACUUGGAAAUAAAACUGAAAUACAAUGCACAUGUAAACAAAUGAUAAUUCUUUUAAACAAAAUCUGUUUAGAAUCCCAAUCUCAGGCCAUGCAUUAUUGAUCAGUGAUCUUGUUUGGGGAUAAAUGGAGCCUUAAAAAGGCAUCCUUCCCUCAAAAUAAUGUAAUUUUUUUUAUUAAAAUUGUAUUUUAUUAAAUGUUUAUUGAAUAAUGUGCCCAUUGAUGCAAAGUUUAAAUUUAAGAACAGACUUUAUUUCGUUAACAAGGAAAACAUCUUCACAUAAAAUACCACAUUUCCAAUGUCCACAUGUAUUGAUCACUUGUUAAUUUUUUUAAAGUAAAAUUUACCCUUGUGUUUUCUUUUUUUGAGAUGCUGUCGUUUAGAUGCUGCAAAUAGAGGUAUCCCCCUUCCCAAAAAAAAUAUCAAAUAGACCAUGUCCCCCCCCCCCAAAUAAAAAUGCUGUUAGGCGUUUUAAAUGUAGGCAACACGUUUAUUUACAAUGGUUAACAGUGAACCUUGUACAUGUACAUAAUUACAUGCACAGUUCAACCUGAUAAGAAGAGUACAAGCUAAUUUGUAAAGUCCAAAGGACCUUGUUGUAAGGUGUUCCACUUGUUCUAGGUGUUCCACUAUAUUUGUAAUGGAAAUGCCUAAACAACUGGAACCAGAAGAAACCUAAAAGUAGAUUUGUAUAUUUGCUCUAAAGCCAUCAUUAUGUUUCAAUACAUGUACUUUCUGGGUGUGUUUGCCAGCUCUACAUCAAUCCAAGAAUAUUAUAA